UCAUUUCAACAAAAACUUCUACGUGGAAUUCCGUUUUAAACCUUUAUUCCCAUAUUUUUUAAUUCACUCAAAACGCGGUUCGAUAAAUUAUAUGUUUGAGAAUAAACACCCGUCAAGCAACGUAAUAGUACAUUGGAAAAGUAAUCGUAGUUCGUACUUCAAAUUAUCCAAUCUCCAUAAACGGAGAUUGCAACAUGAACGUGUGGGCUGAAAGCGCAGAUAGUGCGCGAAAUCGUGGCUCGGCUACUGCUGGAAAGAGGCGCAACUUAGGAGCAGUGGUUUUGGACGACAACCCCGAAAGUGGCGAACUCGGCUUCGAGGAAAACGCGCGCAGCCCAUCUGCGACCAGUGUGAAAACACCGAAUUUUAUAAACGCUAAUGAAAAAGAAGACAAACGCACUUGCAAUGUUGAAAAUAUAGCGAGAGAAAGUAAGUCGGCUCCGAAACAAGCGCCUGUAGAAAGUGAUGCGCAAGAAUAUAAUAAUGACAGCGAUCGUCCUGAGAGUGCUAGAAGCAAGGUUUCGUUCGCAGCUAUUGUUUUUAACGCACAACAAACAGAACUGAUGACGAAAGAUAAAAAGGAACAGGCGUAUGUACCACCGAAAAAGAGUGAGCCAAAGCAGAAGAAAGGGCCGAGCAAGGGGGCCAAAAUGUGCAGAAGGGUCUUCAGGUGGACCCGUUUGUUACUGCAGCUCAUAAUAGUGUUGGGGGUGGUGACUCUGUGUCUCAUAAGUGCAGUGCUGAGCUUCAUGAAGUUCAUUGAGUCGAGUGGGCAGCCUGCCUCCAUUUACAAACCCAAGAAGAUGGAUGGACCACAUGUAGAGCCUGGAAUGGUGUUCAUUGGCGUGGAUCUUGAUUUGAUAACGUGUGAGCUGUUCAACUUCACGUCUCUGGACCUGGAAAACCUUCCUAAAAACGAGACAUGUGACCCCAUGUCCAUGCAGCUUCUGUCCUCCGAUUCCCUCAGUGGGACAACCGAGACCUCGCUGCCGCCGUUCAUGACACAGGAGAAAGAGAGUGGGAGUAACCUGCACAUGCACCUGGUCAGAGGUCCCGCUCAGUGGAUGUUCAAACACGCCUCCGCCAUACAACUCACAGUACCCAUCACUGACACGGGCACAUGGGGCAUACUCGUCAACAAAUAUGACGACGCACAACUUCUUUUUGAAACUGCCCUGACUGGGUCAGCGGACGACAGAUGGUUGCUGGCCGCAGAUCUCAUCCUCGGUAACUCGAUGAACUUCGUGUCAGCAGACUACCAGACUGUGUUCCUCAUGAGCAAACAGGAUUUCAAAGAGUUCGGGUCAACACAGGCCACACGAAUCGACAUGGAGAUUUCUUUGUUGGGGCUGGACAAAAGUGGGAUGAAUGAGAAGAUAGGACAACAUGAGUCGAAUGCCACACUGGCCCAUGUAGAGGCCCUUUUUCAGUGGAAGGACGGAUACAUCAUGGAGGGAGACACAUUCAUGGCCACUUCUCCCUUCCAAAUCGUGACAGUGAUCUCAGGAGUACUUCUAAUGCUCGAACGGGCCUAUAACACCUUCAUGCGCCUCUACAACUCUGCCAAGAAAAAGAAAAAAGAGGAUCCCCCGCCCACUGAUGAGACGGACAAGCCACAUGGCGAAUCUGAGACAGAUAAGGAGAUGACUAAUGAAUCAAAGGGCGGUGACGGAGGCUGUUCAAGUAAACCUGGAAGCCGCAUGCAGACUCCACUGAUUAAGGUGGACAAACCGGAUCAGGACAAUCUCGGAUUUGAAUCUGAUAAUUAAUGGAAAAUAUCAGCUGUACCGUAUGAGCAGAGACUAUUAUACGCAGCAAUAUUCAAUAUAACUGAUAUAUAGUUGAUUGAAUUGACGACAGAUGAAAGAAUUUGAAAAAACAUCUUCCUACGCAA